ACAGAAUUACAGAAUAGUUACAAGUUACAACGUACAAUUUAGUUUACGAGUUUAACUUUAUACGACCUUUGACCAGUAACCGUUGGCCAGUAAUUUCCAAUAACUUUCUUUCUAACAUUUCUUAAUCGAAUCUAAAUAAAUUUUAUAAACUUAUUUCUUAUAGUAACUUAAUCGCCAGAAACUAAAAGCUUAAUAAGAACUAUUUUAAACCCAAUGCUGCCAUUCCAAAUGUUGCUGCGUGUGUACUCACUAUGUGUCCUAAUUGUAGACAUAUUUUUUGUCUACAUAAAUACUAUCAUCUCUAUUAUUGAAUCAGUGUAUGAAUUCUUUGUACCACCACCUAUGAAGUCUUUGAAAAAUGAAACAGCGUUGAUUAUUGGUGCAGGUAGAGGUAUUGGCCAGUCCCUUGCCAUACAAUUAUCUGACUUAGGAGCUACAGUUAUUUGUGUAGAUAUCAAUGAAUCAAAUAAUCAAAGGACUGUAGAAUAUAUAAAAGAGAUGGGAAACAAUGAUGUCCAUGGCUAUUGUUGUGAUAUUACCAAGAAGAGGAAUAUUUUGGCUCUAACCAAGUCUAUCGAGAAGGACAUUGGAUUUGUUACAAUGCUAUUCCACUGUUGUGGAGUACCCAGUCCUAGGUCUUUGAUAUCUCAACCACCACAAGAUAUACAACUUACUAUGGAUUUGACUUUGAACUCGUAUAUUUGGCUGAUAGAUCAGUUAAUGCCACAAAUGAAAGUGAAAAAUCAUGGCCACAUAAUUGCUCUAACAUCGGUAGCUGGGUUGAGUUACAACAAGGACUUAAUGCCAUUGAGUGUGGCACAGUUUGCAGUGCAGGGUCUUGCUAAGUCCUUGAUGGAAGAUCUCAGGGUUAAUAGGCUUGAUGGAGUUCAUAUAACACUGUCUCAUAUUUACCCAUUCAUAGUGAAAGAGAACUCGGAUAUGGAAGCUAAAAUUCCAAGUUACUUUGGCACUAUAACGCCAGAGCGGGCGGCCAUAGCUGUACUGGACAGUGUUCGUCGGAACUACGCCGAGGCCUCAGUACCCAAACACAUGCUAUUUUUGGGAAAUGUUCUACGCGUAUUGCCUCGUAAGGCCAAUAUGAUGAUACGAGAUUUGUUGGAUACAGGAGUUGAUUUCGCCUGAUUUAGAGAUAAUAUAAUAAUUAGACUAA